GGAAUUUAUGUUCACCCCCAGAGGACCUGAGAGCUGAAAUGCAGUAGUACUUUAACGGCUGGUGGUUUUGGAUGAGCAUAUUCUUUGGCUGAAAUCCUCAAACCACUUCCUCCGGUGUGCUCCUGUGAAACCAGUGGGGCUACUUUUGAGCAAAUGGUGUGAUGGUUGCAGGCUUCAUUGGCCUGCGAGGGUGAGUGGCUUACCCUAAAAAGAGAGAAUGAGAGAGAGAGAAAAAAAACUCUGCUCAAGUUUAUUUGUCACAAACUUUGAUAUUCAGGUUGUUUUGUCGUCAACACUAGUUUGCAGUGACCCCUUGAAAAAUACAAGACAACCUCCCACUAUAGGAUGAGGAUGAUGAACACGAGCUGCCUUGUCUUGUCAACUUGGUGUCCCCCUUUGCUCAAGACAGGAAGCCCUCCAGAGAAGCGGCUUAUCAACAGCUCGGCUGCCUGGGUCAUGCUUCCUAAUCGCUUUGCAGCUGGACGGCUCCGAGGCUGGGCUGCCCCCUGGGGAAGGACCUUGCUGACUGAAGUUAGCCGAGCGGAGGGGGAGGCCCGCUGUGGGCGAGAGAAGGUGGAGAGGAAAUGCUUGAGCUGUACCGUCAGAUCAGACGCUUUGAGCCAGCAGGGCUGAAGGAGGCAUCUUGCGUAGUACAGUUGCAUUCCAGGGUCUCUUGCGACCCGUUCCUGACUUUUUGCCCCUGUGGGAUAACUGGAAGCCUCUCCACUGCAGGGCGGGGAGCAGAGAAGUGAUCGUGCCUGAAAUAACGGACUUGGGGCUUUUAUUUUUAUUUUUUGCAGCGUGGAAGGUCUCUCGGGCUGCCUGGGCUUAACCGAAGCCUCUCUCCUGGGAAUUAAUGGCAACCUGGGAAUUCACGUUGGAUCCACCUGUCUGACUAAGCCGAACCUCUCCUCGCUCGCCCACUGACGCUGCCUUUUUUUUUGCUUUUGGGGAGCGGGGGUCCAACUUGGGCAGCUUUGACAGCUGAGCACACUGCAACUGACAGAGCAGCAUCAGGAAUGCCUUCCUGCUUCUCUAGCCAGAGGCAGUGAACCAGAGGAGGGAGGUGCGUUCUCCCAGCCUUCUGGAAACUCAUGUAAGGGAGCCCCUCCAGAAGGCUUUGCUGCUGCUUCUCUCUCUCUCUCUCUCUCUCUCUCUCUCUCUCUCUCUCUCUCCUUUUUCUUUUUUAGGGUAAACAAGCCCAUUGGAGGGACGGGUGUGGGUGUAUGUGGAAAGUGCGUCUUGGGCAGAGGUGGACACGGCAGUAGGAGCAGCUGGAUCUUCCUCCUCGGGUGUUCCUGGGGUCUCUCGCCUUGGGUGCCACCGAGCGGCUCAACUAAUUAACAGACUCAUGGGAUUGCUAAACCACCAGCUCCUGGAUUAACCCAGAGACGCCAGCUGCUCCUUCUAGAAAUUCCAGGGAAGGCAAGGCUAUCAGAGAGGAGAAAGAACAUCCAUGAAGGGGAUUUGAAAGGAAAAGAGCUACCUUGCUGAUCAGUGCUGGAAUGGCGGCUUCAUCUACCUGAUCAUGCUGCGUCGCAUUAAACGCAAGGCCCCUCUUCCUCCGUCGAAUGGCAACAACAGCAACAGCAGCGAACCCAAAGCCAGGCCUACCUCAGAGCCCAGUGGGAAAACAGCGCAAAAUGGCAAACGGACUAGAAAGUUUGGGGUCAUCACCAGAACUCCUCCAGGUGGUGGUAAGGAAAGCAAAGGCAGCAAAGGCAGCCCCAGAACGGAGCACAGGGAUGGACAGUGCACCCUUAUGGGAAUGGAUGGGUUGCAUCCAGAGGCAUCCCAGAUGGAAAGCAGAGUGGACGAUCGACUUCAGAAACCAGACUCUCCAUUUCCGGCAGGACAAUACCGGUCUCGCCUUUCCAAUGGAGGGAUCCUAGACCUGACCUCAAGUGGACUGUCCCUACAGCGAGAAGGCUGCCGGAUAUGGAAGAUGACCAUGACGAAGGGAACAGAUGGGCUGGGAAUCCAGAUCACCGGUGGUCGAGGAUCAAAGCGUUCUCCUCAUGCCAUCAUUAUUGCACGGGUGGAAGAAGGAGGCUCUGCUCACAGGGAUGGUAGACUGAAAGUUGGUGAUGAACUGCUAAUGAUCAAUGGUCAGUCUUUAGUUGGCCUCUCCCAUCAAGAUGCUGUUGCUCUACUUCGGUCAGCUGAAGGACUUGUAUACCUGGUAGUUGCAAGCAGGGAAGGAGCAGAAGAGGAUUUUCUCAGUUACCCAUCUACAAGUUUGCCAGACUUAAUUAGCACCUGCUCUGCUCAAGAUAAAGCUCCCUGGACUGACAAUAAAGAAAAUGAAGAGCCUGAAGGGGAUGACAAAAGAAAGACUCUGGUGCCAGAAGUCCUGGAACCUGUGACAGAUCCAACAGAGCCAGAUAAGUCUCCAGAUGCUGUUGAUACAGAGGGAUCCAAAGAAAACUGUCAGAGUCCAACUCUGGGAGGCGGUAUAUUGAAGUACAGGAGCCGAUCCCAAGGGGCGGCAACUCGGUUAGAAUCCGUGGGAGAAGAUGAUGAGUUGACAGUGGAAAAUGGAGAUGUGAAUUAUGAAAUAGCAAUGAAAUAUUCCCGGGGAGGGAGAAAGCAUUCUCUCCCACAGCAUCUGGACACAGGAACCAGACAGGAGUACCAUAUUUUUAAGAAAUCCACCCGCUCUUUAAGUGCUGCUCAGGUCGAGUAUCCCUGGCGACUAACUCAGCCAUCUAUUAUUUCCAACAUUGUCCUGAUGAAGGGGCAGGGGAAGGGUCUUGGAUUCAGCAUCGUGGGAGGGCAAGAUUCUGCUCGGGGACGCAUGGGCAUUUUUGUGAAGACGAUUUUCCCAAAUGGGGCUGCAGCUGCCGAUGGCAGACUGAAAGAAGGAGAUGAACUCCUAGAAGUUAAUGGAGAAUCCUUACAAGGACUGACCCAUCAGGAGGCCAUUCAGACAUUUAAGCAACUGAAGAAAGGUGUGGUGACCCUCACGGUACGGACCAGCCUUCGCAGCCCAAGCCUUACUCCAUGCCCAACUCCUAUAUUACUGAGCCGCUCCAGUUCCCCCAGCUCCACUGCCAGUGCAGGGCCUCUUUUACCUGGCUGCGAAGAUGGAGAUGUCCCCUCCUCCAGUCGUAAGGGGCCUGGUCCCAAGGACAGGAUCGUCAUGGAAGUGACUCUCAAUAAAGAACCAGGUGUUGGGCUGGGCAUUGGCGUUUGCUGUCUCACACUGGAGAACAGCCUUCCAGGUAUAUACAUCCACAGCCUGGCCCCGGGAUCUGUGGCUAAGAUGGAUGGAAGGUUAAGCCGCGGUGAUCAGAUCCUGGAAGCAGAUUCGGUCAAUUUGCGUCACGCGGCUCUGAGUGAAGCUUAUGCCAUUUUAAGUGAAUGUGGCCCUGGCCCAGUUAGCCUUAUCAUUAGCCGCCAUCCCAACCCAAAGGUUUCUGAACAGGAGAUGGAUGAAGCCAUAGCACGCACCACUCAGAGAGAAAGCAAGGAUAUCUCUUCUCCUCUCAGUACAGGGAAUCUGCCCAAAAGCCCAUCUCCUAGCACGAAGUCUAAACAGUCGGAAGCCUCCUCACCCUUGAGCUGGACAAUGAAGCGCUUCUUGGAGCCAGGAAGCCGGCAGGGUUCCAUCAAUUCUGAAACGGAGUUCUCUCAGUACUUCUUACAAGAUGGAGCCAGCCAGCUGUCACUUUCAGAGACUACCAUAACAGGCUCCAGUGAUGAGGAGCAGCUCCGCCCCAAGAGUGGGAGCAGCUCCUUGGAUGAGAGUUUUCCUUCUCCUGGUAUACCAAAUACCAAAGAACCAGGGAUUUGUGAUUCACCAAGCAGUGGGAACAACUCACCUGGUCCUUUCAGUAAGCAAAGGGAGAAUGUUACUCGGCAUGUUAGUUUCAGUGACAGCCCUAAAGGUUCACGUACCGCCUUCCAGAGGCAGCGGAGGCUUGCUUUCUAUGAUGGUGAUGCAAGCGACGAGGAUGACUUUGCCAAACAAGAUGGCGUUCGAUUUCAAAGGGGACCAAGGUCCAAAGGCCAGAGGAAGGCAGAGGGCAACUGCGAGGUCACCAUGGCAACUUCUCCAGUAGAAGGUAGUGCUACGAACCAGGAGAGAGAAUUUACAACAAGUUUCCACAAUGACUCAACGAUGAGUGGCUUUAGGGAUUCUACAGAGAACGCCGUGGAGCAUACAGUGGAUCCUUCCCUUCCAGUCAAACCAUCUGAUUACUCAAAUGUGCCAGAGCUUCAGCCAGGUCACCUGAGCUUGAAGGAGUUUCGAGAGGCACAACUGGAAUCCAAGAGAUCGCCUAAGCUGGAGCACAAAGCAGUCACUCGAGUUAAAAGCCUGAUGAGCACUGAAUACCAUGGUAUUCCACGGCAGAAGAAUGAAGAACACGGUACUUGCAACAGACCCAGUGGGAGGGUGCUUCCACAUAUCCAGAUGAGCGAAGCACAAGAAAGCCGUCUGGGGCAGAGCCACCCUGAAGCGCUUACCUUGACUCGGAAUGAAAAUGAAUCAUUUGGCCUUGAUCUACAAAUCCAUGCCACUCCCUUGUGUGUUGUGAUCACAGGCUUGCGGCCUGGUGGAGCAGCUGAAAGGGCCUCUAUGGGGAAGCUGGUUCCAGGAGAUGAGAUCCUUGCUAUCAAUGGUAUGCCAAUUCAUGGAUUCUCUUAUGAGGAAGUCUGCCAAUAUGUGCGGUGUCUUCCCCCAUCUAUCACACUGGACAUCCAGAAAGCUGUUUCUGCUAUGAACAGAUUGACAAAUCUCACUGUAUCUUCGGAGGUGGAGGAGGCAGUUCAGAGAAAUCCAAGCAACGUUCUUAUGAAUGAAGACGAAAACAGCUCUGCACAUCAUCACAAACCUCUUCAUGAAGGCAACACUGAUUAUGUGGCAGACAGGACGGUAUUGCCAUCUGAUGCCAAGACCAAGGCGAUAGCAGCAGAUUCCAUGGAAACCAGCUGUGCCCAGAAUAGCACUGUGGUACGAUUAGGAGACAUCAAUAACUUCCUUGGCAAAACAAGUUCCUCAGAGGAAAAACACAGUAAGUGUUUUUUAAUCAGGGACAGGUGUGGCAAGGAAGAUGCACCUGGGAUGAGAGAAGAUGCUUGUUCUAAUGCUAGAUCAGAUAUAGUUAAGAAUGACCUUCCAGGUAGGGCUCUGAAUGAUGCAUCUAACACACAAGAAAUCUUGGGGUUUUCUGCCUUGGACUCCAUUAACACAAGCAAGAUCUUCACUGUGAAUCAAACCCGUUUAAGUAACUAUUCCAGGAAUUUUAGCAGUUUCAACGAAGACAGUUUGGCUGGAAUGGAGAGCAAAAUCAAUACUAUCCCAAACUCUAUGUAUGCUGCUGCAGAGGAUUCCAGUUCAGACACGGAAUCCAUAGCCGAAACGCCUGGAUUUUCUGGCAAUCCUUCCCUCUUACAGCCUGCCUGUGACAAACCCCUGGAGACCCAUAAGGCUAUUGAGUCAGAUGAGGAGCAGAUUGAACUUUGCUGUCUGAAUAGUGAGCAGGAACACUUUCUUCAGGAACAGCUGGUCACGUCCACUUCAAAAGCAUUUCAUCAUCCACCAGAAUGCAAUCCUUCAAAUAAUGCUUUGCAGGCAAAAAUCAAGACAGAAAUUGGCUCACUGGAAAUACCCAAUGGGAGAUCCUUAUUAGAAGAACCACAUUCUCCAAGGCACUCCAACGGAGGACGUGUGGUUCCAUCCAUGGCCUUUCAUUCUGCUUUUCAGGUUUCUCCAUCUGUGAUGGAUAAGUUAGGUCACAAUUAUGCAGUUUGCUCUUUAAGCAGUGGCUCCUUAAGGAGAGGAGAAAGAAUGAGCAUGGAGAGCAAAGAGGGAAUUAUGGAGGCAUGUGAGACGUCCAGACGUGAUAUCCAAGACAAGCAUUUGUGCAUGACAGAAACCAUCAAUGGUUGGGACUGCAACUUGCCAGAAAAAGAUGAACACAACAAGAACCAAAAACUGCAUACAGGAAAUGAUUUAGCAACACAUUUUGGCAGUCAUAUAGUUGGCUACAGUUCUGCUUUGACAAAGAAAGGGACCAGUGACUCAGGCCACUUGAACAAACCGGACACCCACCCCACAAACUGUACAUCACUGAGAACAGUAAACAGCCCCAAAUCUCCCCAUUUGACAAAAUCAAAAGAUCUGAGUAAGGCCACUGCUGCUCAUGACUUACCAGGAAAGAAUGAAAAGGCAAAUACCUCAAAAUGUUCAAAUGUAAAAAUCCCAAGUUCUGGCCAAUGCAAAGGCAGUACAGUCCCACACAGUCCAUCCUCUUCCAAAAAACUGCAUCAUGAAACAAGAGAGAUUCCCCAGAAGAGCACUGCAGAAACUCUUUCAAAUAACCAACGAAACAAACCAAGGCCAAAGUUAAAGGGCUUUAUCAUUAAAAGUAAGGCCAAGACUCAGUCAGAUACCCUGGGCACUGUUCCUGCACAAGCUGGUGGUGCUGACCCCAAAAAAGCAUCCAUUCCUGUGCAAUCAUCACCCCGGCUUCUUCUAAAGAAAGGCACUUCACUCCAUAACUUAGCCACACAUUUGGAGCCACCUAGCAGGAGCCUUUCAAUGGGUUCUGGGAUUCUUCAACAGGAUGAGGAAAAUAAAUCGUCUUUAGCUGUGCCUCAGGAAUUACCUUUACCUUUGUUGAAUGGUGACAGCAACAGUGCCAAAAACAACAAAGAUAAAUCCAUUAGCAAUCUGGAACUUGGUAAUGUUGGAACUGCAGAGUGUCCUGCAGAGCAAGAAGCUACACAGAUCCCAAAAAGUGCAGUUAUGAAUAAUGAAAUGAGAGGUAAGAUUGAUGCUGGUGAACACCACACAAGAAAAGGCCUUUCCCAGAUAAAUGCAGGUUCUGAAGUUACAAUCCUAAAUAACAAGACUGAUAAUUGUGGAAUGAAUAUGAGGUUGUUGAAUCAUGGUGGAUAUGAAGUUAAGCUGUUAGGAUCUGAUAACACCGAGCCUUUUAAAAAAGAGCGUUCAAGCCUUCUUUAUCCCCCUCAGCAGCAGCAGCAACAAUCAGGUCAGGAUAUUCAACGUACUUUCAUUGAGGUGAGGCUAUCUUCCACCUCCUUCCCACCAUCCUCAUUGAUUCCAGAGCUGUCUCUGGAGAAGGAGGAAAGUCACAAUAAGAUUGUCUGCCAACCAGAAAGCAAUGUGCACAACAUUAGGCAGAACGCUUUUGAGGAAGAAAGCAUACGUAAUCCCCUAAAACCUGUGACAAGGACCUAUUCAAUGCCUGCCCAGCUAUCAGAUCAUUUGAAGGAGGACAGCCAUGCUAUGGAUACACCAACACAUCAUGUCCAGGAUAUCCUGAGCAAUGUUUCAGGUGAAAAAUACCCUCAUGCGGAGAUGGGCAUGCUGAAAAUUGUCCAUCUCAGUCUGAUGAAUGGCACUCAAGAUGGAAAAGAGAUGUCUAACAGUACCCCCAGAUCCAGCAGUCAAGAAUUGCCUUUGACCAACAACAGCAGUCGCAUUGCAGAUAAAUUAAAAACUUGCAGGAGGAAUUAUUACUAUUAUGAACUCAACUGGCCACAUGAUCCCAUUUCAUCUUUUUCUGUGAAACAAAGAAUUAAAUCAUUUGAGAACCUUGCUAAUUUCGAUAGGCCUCUGGUCAAAGCUAUAGACAUACAUUCUACCUCUCUCAGCUCUAAACUUUCCAUUGGUAGAAGGUUGUCUGCUGGUACUUCUGCCGUUUCAGCUAUUGGUGCAAAUGACCCAGUCCAGUCACAGAGAAAAAGUUUGAGUUCCUACUGUGAAAGUGAAAUCCCAGCAUCCCCACAGAUGACAAAAUCAUCAACCAGUGCAGCAUUAACCCAACUGCAGCAUAAUCCUCCUGAGAACAGCAAAGAUGAUGCUCACUUGGAGAAGAGUGAAAGGUGUGGUGCUUUGGAAGGUCCAAAUAGUUUGCCACCAUCAACUCCUAACGUCCGAAGAAGUAGAGCCUCAGGUGGGCACAUCAGACACGCACCCUUAUCCCGCUCUAAGAUCCGGGAGCUAAGGGCCUUGAGUAUGCCAGAUCUUGACAAGCUGUGUAGUGAAGACUUCUCUGUAGAGUCCCAGGCUUCCCAUUUCAAAACAGAAUUGGAAGUUACACCUGCAGCAAAAUCUCUUGGUCUUCCCAUUGAAAGUGUUUCUAAUCUGAAUGAAUACUCAGGACUCUCCAGUCUUGUGUUAGCAAGCAGGCAGCAUUCAAAAGAAAGCAGUCCCUGGAACAGUAGUUCUGGCACUCCUGGCUCAGCAUCUGAUGAGGAAAUGCUGCAACACGAUGCCACCAUAAAUAGGAUGAACCCAGGGAAAAGCUGGUCAAUCAGCUUGGAUCAACUCUUGGUCUCCACCCUGGAUCAGCAGAAAUUGCAGACAAUUUUGUCUUCAGUGACAACAAAAUGUGACCUUCCUUCUUUACUUCAGGAAGCCAAAGCACAAGUAGAGAGCAAAGAAGAUGUGUACUUUGUAGUCUUGAAUAAAGAGGAGGGAUCUGGCCUGGGAUUUAGCGUUGCUGGAGGAGUAGACCUGGAACAAAAAUCAAUCAUCGUCCAUCGGGUGUUUUCAAAAGGAGUGGCAUCCCAAGAAGGAAUCAUCCACCGAGGGGACCUCAUUCUUUCCAUCAACGGUGUCUUUCUUGCGGGUUCAGUCCAUGGAGAUGUGCUCAAUGCUCUUCACCAGGCAAGGCUCCACAAAUACGCCAUUGUUGUCAUCAAGAAGGAGAGAGACAGAGAAAAGUUUCCUUCUUCUGGCUCUGCAGUGUCAACGCCUGGCAGGCAAACCUUAGUAGCUGCAACAAUGGGAAGAAGAACAGGUCCAACUGGAGAGCCGAGUGAUGCCAUCUGUGUUGAACUUUUGAAGACUUCCGCUGGCUUGGGGUUCAGUCUGGAUGGAGGAAAAGCUUCAAUCUCUGGAGACAGACCGUUGCUUAUCAAAAGGAUUUUUAAAGGUGGCGCUGCAGAACAAACAGGAAAACUGGAAGCUGGCAACGAGAUUCUAGCCAUUGGUGGGAAAUCCCUGCUUGGUCUCAUGCAUUACGAUGCUUGGAACAUCAUCAAAUCUGUCCCAGAGGGACCUGUCCAGUUGCUUAUCAGAAAACAUCAGCCUCCAGUAUGAUGUGUCUGGUACCAUUAACCUAAACGUACCUUUUGGGCACAUCCUUCCAAGUUAUGUGUGAUGGAACCAUUACAUGCAAUGCAAGAUCUGAACCUUGUUGAUUCAGUGUCAUUGCUCCAUGUCAGACUGCUUGAAUCAGCCAAGGAACAUCAAGAUACAUAAGCCAAGAACAUAUCCCGGUCAGUGCACCAUUGUUUUAUAAAUGGCACCAUUUUCCAGAAGUAUGUAACAGAUCCAAGUGCGACAUACUUUGAGCAUUGGCUACAUGGACUUCUGCGUAUCCAGAUCUUCCUGCCAUCCGCUAUAGCUCUGAUGACCUGUUUGGAGCUCCACCAGAGAAUAGCUGUUGUGUUCAGGGCUUAAUUCAAGUCAGGAUUCAGUCUCAGAGUCAGUUUUCAAUACAAGGGAUCUGCCUGGGAUCACGUGAAGUGAAAAGACUACCACAGAGCAUGUGCAGAGUGCAUCUGCCACAUUGUCUGGACAACCCCCCAACCAGGGUCACACAUCUGGGAGGACUAUGGGUGAAAAAAAAUCUAAGUUAAGACGGUAUGACUGUGAAGCAAACUUGACUCUCACCCACUCUCAUUUUAUACAUUCAUUACUGGAUUCAUGUAAUACUUUGCAUUCACCUCACAGAUGGCACAAUAAAUGCUACUUUGCAUAGAUCGCAUGGGAAAGUUCAGUGGUGUACUUUGUACAAAAAUAUUCCAUCUGCUUUCUUCCUGCUACGCUGAAAGGAUUCAAAUAUCCUCUUUGGGUCCACACAACCAUAAUGUGGAAAGAUUGUUCUCAACACCUUAUGGAGACAACCCGUGGCUCACUGAGGGGACACCAGGUCAUGGUCUGAAGGCAUAUGAGGCCACCUCCUCACUGAAGUGAAGCAGGUCUGAUCAGUGCCUGGGAACCACAUGCUGUGGGCCUUGGGCUCCAUGAUGGAAGAAAGACAUAAUAUAAAUGUAUGCAAAUGAAUAAAUUAGCUCCCAGAUUUAAUUUCUGGCAUUUGCAUUUAAAGGAUUUGAGGUGCCAGAGGUUCUAGAGAAGUCCACCUGGGAGAGCUGCUACUAGUCAGAGCAAAAAUAGUGGGCUAUAUUAUGGACCAAUGAUCCGAUGUGGAAUAAGGCAGUUCCAUAUGUUCAUAUAGGAGCCACUAGCCAUGGAGGCAACUCAUGUUUAGUGAUGAUCUCAUUCUCACUUUCAUUGUUGAGCUUUUGGGAGUGUCACUCAAAGCUCAAAGAGAACAUGUAACUGGUAACUAUUUAUUGGGAAGCAUACAACACUUCAGCGAGUUUGGGUAAUUUAAAAAAACCACCAAGAUGAGUAGUUGCAUGUCUGUCCUUGGUAUUUUUACACUUUGCAAGCUAUGACAUGAAAUCUGCCUUGUAUUUGGGACAAUGGGGGUUUUCUGGCUAUGCUACAUAGUUCUGAUUUCCGCUGACUAAUGAGUCCAGCAUUCGUUUGAUAAAAAUAGAAGAAUGUCGGAGACAAUCUCACUAUUCUUCCAAGUGUGGUUCUUUGACUGUCCAUACACACACACACAUGCACACACAAACCCCAAAAUGGCUAGAAACAAGAAUAUAAGUUUGCAUAACUUUGUUAAAACCAGAACCACAAGUGUUUUUUAAUUCAUGGAGCUGAGAAUUCUUUGAAAAAUCUGAAUACUCCUAUAAAUACAUUCAACUCGUACAGUUAAGCCACUAGAAUUGAAUAUCACGCUGAACUCAUAUUGGAGAAGACCAUAGAGAGAAAUACAGGCUCUCCAGAUGUUGCUGAACUUCAGUUCCCAUCAGCUCUUAGCAAGCACGGCCAAUGGCCAGGGAUGAUGAGAAUUGCAGUUCAGCAACAUCCGAAAGGCCGAUGGUUCCCCACAUCUGUUCCAAACAAUUGGUGGUUUUCUAGAAGAACAUAGUAUAGAUGGCAUUCUUUUAGUAUUCAGAGUUUAUGAUCCUAAUUUUCAAGUCUUGUGACCUAUAAUCAGAUAACUAGAAGGUAGAUGGCGUGGCUUUCAUAAGAACGGAAGCUCUUGCUGUUUCCUUGAAUGUCAAAGGAAAUUUCCUCCUUCUCAAACUGAACUGAUCCCAAACAUCUAUAUCAGGAGAGAGAAACAGCCCUGGGGGCCAAAUGUGGCCAUCUGAGCCUCUCUGUCUGGCCCUCGGGACUCUACUCAGGCCACACCUCCUCCCCAACCACACCCCCUACUGGUCCCCUUUGCAUUCUCCUUGCAUGGAUGGAAUGUGUUCUUGAACACUGACAAUGCCUCUUGCUUGUCUGAGUGGAGGACAGAGAGGGAUGUGUGUAGAAAUUGGCUUACUGUACAAAGGCAAAAUUUACAUUCAUUGCUCCACCCACAUUUGCCCCGGCCCAGCCCGCCCCUAGCUUGUGGCCCCCGGAAGGUUGCUCAGAAGGGAAUGUGGCCCUCCUGUUCUAUAUAAUCACAUUUUUAAAUGAGCAGAGCUUAGAGCUGCAUUGACAAAUGCUUUACGGGGUCAAGUGACAGGAAGGAUAAGCACAGAGGAGUUGAAAUAAUCAGGAGAAAACGAAAAAUGAGAAGGCGUGUGUGUUGGGGGUGUUCUGUGCUUGUAAAAUCUGAGUGGACAUAUUUUCUGCUGACUAUUCUGGAAUGUUGGUUUUAAUGGCUUUUGGGGCAUCUAUAAACACAAUUAUUGGAUUUGUUGAUAAGGAUACUGUGAAGGGGCACUUGUAUCUUGUUUCUCCAGCCCAGCAAGGGAGAUGUGAAUGUGGAGACAGAUUUCUACUCAUAUAGAGAAAUGCAGUUGCAAAUCUUGUUGCAUCACAUUGCUCAUUGGGUCACGUUGAACUAUCUGGAUGCGUCUCUUCAGGCAGGUGGGGACAGACAUCCCUAUCCAUGUUCACCCCCCCCUAAUUCCCUUUGAUGAGAGCCACAAUGUGCCACAGUGCUUAAAAACAAAAAAUCAGUCCUUGUGUACUCCUAAGAGCAUCACGCGCACUGAUGUUGACUGUUUCAUGCAUAGUCAAAGUACAUGUCAUUCUGACAGAUCGUUUUGAUGUGCACGUUGUUUUCAGCACAGAGAUCAAAAUAUAGGAGCUUAGAAUAGUUUAUGUACAUAGGUAUGAUUGAAACAUGCACAAGUGUCAACACAAAGCAGAAUAAUAAUCCUUGAGAAAUUCAUUUUGGGAGGUCUUUGCUCUGCAAGAUGGCAUGGGAGGAAGGGCAGGAUAUAAAUCAAAUAAUCAAUCAAUCAAUAUAAAUAAUACUGAAGAUAAAAUUAAAUAAAUAAUAGUUAGGUCCUUAAAUUACUGUGUCAGCAUCAGGGACUGAGCCAAAGUUCCAGGUACAGACAAUGCUUGUUUCUUUUUAAAAUCCAAAUAACUUUGGUAUUUCUGAUGAGGAGGUCUGUCCCAAGCCAUUCCAACCUUAUCCAGCGUCAUUUUAUGUAAUGUAUUUAUUUGAAUUUAUAAGUUUGCCAGACAGGCAAUCCAGUCGGACCUGCGUAUGUUUUCUCUGUGAUCAUCUUAAGACUGAAAUAGACUUUUAGUAGUGUUUAAUUCCAUUCACUCAGAAGCAACUUUUUUGUGCUCUUUUUACAAAAAGGGGGGAAAAACCAUCCAGCCUCAGGAACAGUUGUGUGCAAGUUGUAAAUCUUACACGCUGCUUUGUCAGUAUUGGUUAGACCUAAUAAAGUAUUAUUUUACUGAUCCCAGAAUUACCACUAGUUUGGCUAUAAACAAACUGGCCAGCUCGGGGGAGAGGGGAACAGAGAGCAGAGAAUGGUUCAGGGGGGAAAAUGUCCUGUAUACAAUAUCCUGUAUGAUAUUGUAUAUUGACACCAUUAUUAUGUCAAAUCUUUGCACCAAUGUACAAGAUUGUAAAAAGUUUUAGAAAAUGAAUAAACCAUAGCAGUGUUGCUCCUCUCCUCCGCCCCAAUUGUGACUCCCCCCCUCCGUUCUUAAAGUUUAUUGAAAUACUGACAUACUAACACCUCCAUCUAUAAUAAAUAUGCAUUUAAAAUAGGAAUAUGUUUCAUAUCAGGUUUCACCAACAGGAAUUUGAUGUGAAUCUAGAUAAGGAGGCAUAAUAUCUUGUAAUUUUGGAAACAUUUCUUUGGGAAUGUGAGUGAUUUCAAGAUAAUUAUUCAGAACAUAUUGAAACUGUUUACAGAUUGUCUUGCAUUUCCUGUCUGUUUGCUAGAUACAAGCCUACACUUAACUAGAGGAUUAUUAAUAAAAUGCUGAGUGCAAUUUAAAAAUAAUGACUAAUUACAUUUCUAUACUGAUCUGUUAACUUCUUGAUAUAAGUUGCUUCUGUUACUGUUGAGCUUUAAAUUUGAUUUCAUUAUACUUUUUAAUGGAUCAUAUCAAACCCUGAAUGCUUUUUUCCCAGUUAAGUCAUGCUGAUCUAAGCAUUUUAUAGUUUCUCAGAAGCAGGGUGGAAUAUGCAUUCCUCAAAUAAUAGGAAAUCUGUCUUCUAGGAAACCAGUGUUGCAAGGAAAUAAUCAGAUGCCACAAAUCGUCACCUCUUACAAAGAAAAUAAAAGUGAAAGGCCACCAUUUUUAGCUAGAUUUUUGUGGGUUGGCUAUUUUUUUGUUUUUUAGUGUAACACACUAUUUCCUGUAUGAUAUUGUAUAUUGACACCAUUAUUUAUAUAAAUAUAUCCAUGUUGAGAGCAUUUUAAAAAUGCCUUGUUGUAAUAACAGAAGUGCAAUAAUCGGAAACAGACUGUACAUUUUCCAAAAGUUGCUUUGCCCCAUUAAUGUAAAUCAGCAUCUCACUAAAUCCUUCUCUUUCCCCUCACCCCAUUUUUUUAGUGAUUUUUUAAAAUAAACAUGAUGCUUACUA